ACCCGAGCCGGGCGCCUUGGAAGGCGGACUCCAGAGGCGGCACCUCCACAAGACAAGUUUAUCGUCGCUUGAAAUGAGGGAGUCCUGAAACCGACGCUCGUUUUUAUUUAACCAGCUUUUUUUCUCCUGUUUUAAAUAAGUUUAUUUAGACAAUGGAAAGAAAAAAACCAAACAGCCUCUUGGGUAGCUGUGGGUUUGUAAAUGUAAUCCUGAAAGUUUUUCAUGGUGUGGUUAUUUGCUUGCGCAUAUUUAUUAACCUGUUAAUUCUUCGGCUAGUCAGAAAAUUGACAUGUAAAAUAUUCUUUGAGGGACGUUACAAGUUUGCUGUUGCAUACGGGCAUCCUGUUAUUUAUCAGCUUAGUUAGCAUCUGUCUUCCCCCAGAGUAGUACCAAAGUCAGUCCCUUGGCGACGGGUCUUGCAUGUGACACUCUUGCCCUCUAGUGCCUCACCAGCUUGGUAGCAGUUUGACGGCUAAUAUUAAUAAGAUGUUACAUAAUAUGAGAGUACUGGGCCAGGACUGGUGUUGCUGCCACUUGUAAAGUCAAAAAGCCUGAGCCGAUGGUAGCGAGUGAUGCUGUUUCCGUUUCUUUUCCAUCUAUUGCAACUUUCUCAAGCAUUUUCAGCUCUGACCUUUGGUUCCAGACUAUAUUUUCUCUGAGUCCUGAUCAAGUGAUACAAAUGAGCUGCAAUGGUGACAUAAACUCUUGACUGAGAUUGGGAAAGUAGCUGGAACACCAUCUUUUUUUUUUUUACAUUUUAUGGUGCUUCUAUUGGCAGAGUUGAGGAGAGUAUCUACAACAUGAGUUUUAUCAUGAAGCUUCACAGACACUUUCAAAGAACGGUCAUUCUGCUUGCCACUUUUUGUAUGGUGAGCAUUAUCAUUUCUGCUUACUACCUGUACAGUGGCUACAAACAGGAAAAUGAACUCUCUGAGAUGGCUUCAGAAGUUGACUGUGGUGACCUCCAACACCUACCAUAUAGGCUAAUGGAAGUGAAAGCAAUGAAGCUUUUUGAUGCCUCAAGGACAGACCCCACAGUCCUAGUAUUUGUAGAAAGCCAGUACUCAUCUCUUGGUCAAGACAUCAUUAUGAUUCUAGAAUCAAGUAGAUUCCAGUAUCACAUUGAAAUUGCCCCUGGAAAGGGAGAUCUCCCAGUGCUUAUAGACAAAAUGAAAGGCAAAUAUAUUCUUAUUAUUUAUGAGAAUAUUUUAAAGUAUAUAAAUAUGGACUCCUGGAAUCGAAGCCUGCUAGACAAAUACUGUGUAGAAUAUGGUGUGGGUGUCAUUGGAUUCCACAAAACUAGUGAGAAGAGUGUACAAAGCUUUCAGUUAAAAGGUUUCCCUUUUUCCAUUUAUGGAAAUAUUGCAGUAAAAGAUUGUUGUAUUAAUCCUCAUUCUCCAUUGCUUCAUGUGACCAAAUCUUCCAAGCUUGAAAAAGUUUCUUUACCUGGAACUGACUGGACAGUUUUUCAGAUUAAUCAUUCGGCCUACCAACCAGUAAUAUUUGCCAAAGUAAAGACCCCAGAAAACCUUUCUCCUUCCAUCUCUAAAGGUGCUUUUUAUGCUACUAUCAUACAUGACCUGGGGCUUCAUGAUGGAAUUCAGAGGGUUCUUUUUGGCAACAAUUUGAACUUUUGGCUGCACAAGCUCAUCUUCAUAGAUGCCAUCUCCUUCUUAUCAGGGAAGAGGUUGACGUUGUCCUUGGACAGGUAUAUUCUUGUGGACAUUGAUGACAUAUUUGUAGGAAAAGAGGGAACAAGAAUGAACACCAAUGAUGUAAAGGCCCUGCUUGAUACUCAGAAUCUUCUGCGUGCACAAAUCACAAAUUUUACAUUCAACCUGGGAUUUUCAGGGAAAUUUUAUCAUACAGGAACUGAAGAGGAAGAUGAAGGGGAUGACUGUCUUUUGGGGUCUGUGGAUGAGUUCUGGUGGUUUCCUCACAUGUGGAGCCAUAUGCAGCCCCACCUCUUCCACAAUGAGUCAUCUUUGGUGGAGCAGAUGAUUCUCAACAAAAAAUUUGCCUUAGAGCAUGGCAUUCCUACGGACAUGGGCUACGCUGUGGCCCCUCACCAUUCCGGCGUCUACCCUGUACAUGUUCAGCUUUAUGAGGCCUGGAAGAAGGUCUGGAAUAUUAAAAUCACCAGCACUGAAGAAUAUCCACAUCUGAAACCAGCUAGAUACCGGAGGGGUUUUAUCCACAAAAACAUCAUGGUUCUCCCAAGACAAACCUGUGGGCUUUUCACUCACACUAUUUUCUACAAGGAAUAUCCAGGGGGUCCUAAAGAGCUGGAUAAAAGUAUCCAAGGAGGAGAACUUUUCUUCACUGUCAUCCUCAACCCUAUCAGCAUUUUCAUGACCCAUUUGUCCAACUAUGGGAAUGACCGACUGGGAUUAUAUACAUUUGUUAAUCUGGCCAAUUUUGUGAAGAGCUGGACCAACCUGCGACUUCAGACCCUGCCUCCAGUACAACUGGCCCACAAGUAUUUUGAGCUGUUUCCUGAUCAGAAAGACCCUCUCUGGCAGAAUCCUUGCGAUGACAAACGCCACAGAGACAUUUGGUCUAAAGAAAAAACUUGUGAUCGCUUACCUAAAUUCUUGGUAAUAGGACCCCAGAAAACUGGUACCACUGCUUUGUAUUUGUUCCUGGUUAUGCAUCCUUCCAUCCUUAGUAACUCCCCCAGCCCAAAAACCUUUGAGGAGGUACAGUUCUUUAAUAGAAAUAACUACCACAGGGGGAUUGAUUGGUAUAUGGAUUUCUUCCCAGUCCCAUCUAAUGUCACCACUGACUUUUUGUUUGAGAAGAGUGCCAAUUACUUCCACUCAGAGGAAGCCCCUAAAAGAGCUGCUUCUCUGGUUCCCAAAGCCAAGAUCAUCACCAUUCUCAUUGACCCUUCAGACCGAGCAUACUCUUGGUACCAGCAUCAGCGAUCACAUGAAGACCCUGCAGCUCUGAAAUUUAGCUUCUACGAAGUGAUCUCAGCAGGGCCCCACGCACCCUCGGAGCUCAGAGCCUUGCAGAAGAGAUGUUUGGUCCCGGGGUGGUAUGCCAGCCACAUCGAGAGAUGGCUUGUUUAUUUCCCCCCAUGUCAGUUGCUAAUUAUUGAUGGGCAACAACUAAGAACUGAUCCUGCUACAGUGAUGGAUGAUGUACAGAAGUUUCUAGGAGUCUCGCCUCAUUACAAUUACUCUGAAGCUUUAACGUUUGAUUUCCAUAAAGGUUUCUGGUGUCAGUUACUGGAAGAAGGUAAAACAAAAUGCCUUGGAAAGAGCAAAGGAAGAAAAUACCCUCCAAUGGAUUCUGAUAGCAGGACAUUUCUGUCAAGCUACUAUCGAGAUCACAAUGUGGAACUCUCAAAGCUGCUGCACAAACUGGGUCAGCCUCUGCCAUCCUGGCUGAGACAGGAGCUGCAGAAACUAAGAUAGCACUGAGAGAAAACGAGACUUCAUCUUCCAUGUAGAACACACCUUUUCCAAAGCUUCCAGAAGCUACCAAAAGGCAGUUGAAAAAUAUACCUCUUCAAAUGAGAAAAAAGAACAAAGUUUCUUCCAUGUGCUGGCAUGUGGAUGAUGAGAAAAAAGAAAGAGUAUGUGUUACAAGCCUUGAGGCCUAUGGCCUUUCUCUUAACCCAUAUCUGAGCCUGUGGGAUUAUUGUAGACUACUGUGCACUCAUGUGGAAGCCAAUUGCAACCAAUAUAAACAUCAAACACAAAUGCAGAACUGUUCCAUUUCAUAGUAAUAUUUACACUUUUAUAUGUCAACUAAGAUUGUCUCUGUAGAUUUCUAGACCACUGUUUGCCUGUACAAUGUUUUCUUAUUCUUUGAUUCUGAAAAGUGUCCUACGAAACAAGCAGCAAAAUAAACAUCACAAUGUAGCAUAAAAUGUCAAAAGCAUAACACCCAUGAAAAAUGCUUGCCAAAAUUUCAAUCCACUGAAGUAUUUAGAAAUAAUUUUAAGUUACGAUUUGUACUAGAUCAGAAAGUGGAAAAGUUAUAUAUGAGCUUUAUCUGCACCAAAAAAAAAAGAUAAGUGCUAUAUCUAAAGAAAAGUGAUUUUUUUCAUACAUAGUCUAGU